AUGGUCGUCGAGGAGGACUUCAAAAAGGUUUGUGAAUAUCCUAAUGUUGUUUACACUGCUUUUAAAUAGUUAAGCUUUUGCACUUUUAAAUUUAAAAAUAUUUUAAAGUCCAACAGAAAGUCAUGUGGGGUUUACGACUUUUGGUCGAUACUAAAGCUAAUCGAAGUAGCAUGGCCAUAUUGUAAACAACUAUAGUCAUAAAGUUGAGUAAGAAUGUGCUUAUGAUAUUGUUUUAGGUAGAAGUCCAGCCAAACGAGUUCAAUGGACUGAUUGGCAACUUGGCCGGCAACUUUAUCCGCGACAAAGUUGGUGGUGGGGCUGGUGACAUUCUCGGUGGCCUAGCCGGUAAUAUUCUCAGUGGAGAUGGCGGCCGUGGCGGCGGAGGCUUUGGCGGAGGAGGCGGUGGCGGCGGAGACCUCGGCAACUUGUUGGGGGGUCUUCUGAGCGGCGGUGGAGGUAACAGAAGACAGCAACAAGACUUCGGGGGUGGUGGAUACAGUGGCGGCGGUGGUGGGGGUGGAUCCGGAGGAUUCAAUAUGGGAGAUUUGGCUGGUGUCAUAGGAGGAUUGGGCGGUGGUGGUGGAAACCGCAGCGGGGGAGGCAAUGACAUUGGAAGUUUGCUUGGAGGUAUGCCAUCCUUUUGAGGUUUCUAAUUGUCAUAAAAUGUCAGUAAUAGUUAAUAUGUCAGUAAUACUCAAAUUUACUUUCAGGUCUGAUCGGUGGUGGAGGUGACCGCGGUCGAUUCGCCGGGGGUGGUAGUAACAUAAACGACCAUUUCCUUUCGGGGGGUGUUUGUGACAUGAUUGGCAAUCUGAUUGGCCAAGCUGCUCACAGAUUCCUGGGAGUGAACCCUCAGACAGGCAAGAUUAUUGGUGCUGUCGCUGGCAAUGUCAUCUUCCAGCUUGGUGGUAAAGACAACAAACUGAGUAAUGUGGGAAAGGUCAUCUUGGACAAUAUAAUCUCCGGAAAAUUCCAAAGAGAUGUACGUUUUAAGUGUCUUUAAUAGUAGCACUAUACAAUUAGCGAUAUGAUAAAAAAUAUUAUUAUACAAUAUCUUUAUAUUAACCCUGUAAUAGACAUUAAUUACAUGGAAAAGUUUAGGUAGACCCCUUCGUCAAACCCGAACCGGUACCAACUCCAGGACCGCCAAUAAGACGUGGAGAACCGGUCGAUUUCUAUAGUGAGAGAGAUCGCUGUAUCCAGGAAAAGAGAUUGUACGAGGAUCCUGAAUUCCCAGCUAAUGACAGUUCUCUGUACUACAGUAGACGUCCGCCAAAGAGAAUCAACUGGCUUCGUCCUGGUGUAAGUUACACUAAUUUGAAGUUAAUAAUCAUUUGUCAUGGUUAAUAUCAGCGUUCCCAAGUUUAACAUUUCAAGUACAGGCUCUAUCUUUUUCAAAUUUUAGCUCCGGAACCCUUGGGAACUCUGGUUAAUAUAUAAUUCUUUUUUUACCUCUAUGAUAACAUCUGUUAAUAUGUUCAUAUAAGAAAGUUACUUUUUAGGAGAUCGUAAGAGAUCCCCAGCUCAUCUCAGAAGGCCACACUCGCUUCGACGCCAUUCAAGGUGAACUUGGCGAUUGUUGGUUGAUGGCAGCCGCGGCCAACUUGACCUUGAGAGACGAGCUCUUCUACCGCGUCGUUCCUCCAGAUCAGAGUUUCACCGAGAACUACGCCGGCAUCUUCCACUUCCAGUUCUGGCAGUACGGUCGCUGGGUGGAUGUUGUCAUCGAUGACAGACUCCCUUGCGAUGAUGACGGAAAACUUUUGUACAUGCACUCUCGUGAGAACAACGAGUUCUGGAGUGCUUUGCUCGAGAAGGCCUACGCCAAGUUGUACGGAUCGUACGAAGCCUUGAAGGGAGGUACCACUUCAGAAGCCCUUGAGGAUAUGACUGGAGGACUGACAGAGUUCUACGACUUGGCCAGUUCACCAGAGAACCUGCUCCAACUGAUCGUCCGAGGAUUUGAGAUGGGAUCUCUGUUUGGCUGUUCUUUGGAGGCCGAUCCCAACCAAUGGGAAGCCAGACUCUCUAACGGUUUGAUCAGAGUAAGUCAUCGUUUUACUGUAAUUUUUGACAGUGAAAUUACAAUGUUAUUUAUAGAAUAUGGAGUAUUCGUAAACACAACACACAAAUUAUAUUAAUUUCAGGGCCAUGCCUACAGUAUCACGGCCAUCAGAAUUGUGGACACACCCAGAGGCAAGGUACCACUACUUCGUGUUAGAAACCCCUGGGGUAACGAGCACGAGUGGAACGGUGCUUGGUCUGACAACUCCUCCGAAUGGAACUCCAUCUCGGAAGACGUCAAGUGCGACAUGGGACUGACCUUCGCUCAUGAUGGAGAGUUCUGGAUGUCGUUCUCUGAUUUCGUGAAGAACUUUGAGAAGAUGGAAGUCUGUAACCUGGGCCCAGAAAUCAUGGAAGAGAUUUUCGAAAUGACUGGGGUCAAGGCCAACAAAGACGUCUGGGCUACAAACUCUCACGAUGGAUCGUGGAGACAGGGCUCCACUGCCGGAGGUUGCCGCAACUACCUCAGGACCUUCGCCAAGAACCCACAAUUCAGAAUCCGGCUGACCGACAAGGAUCCUAAUGAUGACGAUGACUUGUGCACCAUCAUCGUAGCUGUCAUGCAGAAGUACAGACGUGAGCUGAAGAACGCAGGUCAGGAGAAUCUGGCCAUCGGCUUCGCCAUCUACGAAGCCAACGGCUACAGUGGCCGGCUAGACACUGAGUUCUUUGCCAACACCAAGAGCUGUGGCAGAAGUCCAGCCUUCAUUAAUCUCCGUGAAGUGACCGGUCGAUUCCGAGUGCCACCAGGAGAGUACGUCAUCGUACCAACUACUUAUGAGCCGAACGAGGAAGGAGACUUCAUGCUUAGAAUCUACACUAGCGGACUUAUCGAGUCAGAGUAAGAAUUAUAAAGUUUAAAACUUAGUUUUUAAAAUUUUAAACUUUAAACUUAAAUGUUUUCAGAGAACUGUAA